UUAUCGCGUGUUUACAGAAUACAAAGUGCAAUUGUUUUUGGUUUAUUUUAGUUUAUUCAUCGCUUCAUAGCCUUUAUUCUUAAGAUUACUGUAUUUAAGUGGGAAAAUGUAUACUCAUUUGCUGCGGAUUGUUUAUUCGUUCAGAGGUUACAGUACAAAGGCGUCACACAAUGUACAAGUACGGCCGAUUAACAAAAUUCUGAUCGCCAAUCGUGGUGAGAUCGCAUGCCGUGUAAUACGCACUGCGCGCCGGUUGGGUGUGCGUACGGUUGCUGUAUACUCUGAUCCAGAUGAGCACUCACUACACGCGUCUUUCGCCGAUGAGGCAUAUCGAGUCGGCGAGGCAGCGUCGGCGGCUUCCUAUUUGCGCGGCCAACACAUUAUUGAAAUCGCUAAGAAAGCUGCCUGCCAAGCGAUACACCCCGGUUAUGGGUUUCUCUCCGAAUCUGUAGAAUUCGCUGAGCUGUGUCAACAUGAGAAUAUUAUUUUCAUGGGACCACCCAGCACGGCAAUACGGGAUAUGGGCAUUAAAAGUACAAGCAAAGCGAUUAUGGCCGCCGCAGGCGUACCAAUCAUAAAUGGUUAUCAUGGCGAUGAUCAGUCUGAUGAGCGGUUGCAGACCGAAGCAGAAGAAAUUGGGUUUCCAUUAAUGAUCAAGGCAGUACGCGGUGGCGGUGGAAAGGGUAUGCGUGUCGCAGACAAAAGGGAAGACUUUUUAACAGCGCUUAAUUCGGCGCGAAAUGAAUCGCAGAAGUCAUUUGGCGACAGUUCAGUGCUAUUGGAGCGUUAUGUGCGCUCGCCACGACACGUAGAGGUUCAAGUGUUUGCCGAUCAAUAUGGCGACGCGGUGUACUUGUGGGAGCGAGAUUGCUCUGUGCAGCGGCGUCACCAAAAGAUCAUUGAAGAAGCGCCGGCGCCUGGUCUGUCGGAGCAACUGCGUCGCGAAUUGGGCGAAGCUGCAGUACGCGCAGCCAAGGCAGUGGGUUACGUUGGUGCUGGUACUGUAGAGUUCAUCAUGGACAAGGAAGAUCUCUCAUUCCACUUUAUGGAAAUGAAUACGCGUUUACAGGUGGAGCAUCCAAUAUCGGAAAUGAUCACUGGCACUGAUUUGGUCGAAUGGCAAAUUCGCAUUGCAGCGGGUGAGCGUUUACCGCUGACGCAAGAGGAAAUCGGUCGCAAAGGGCAUGCAUUUGAGGCCCGUAUUUACGCAGAAAACCCACGCGGUGGAUUUCUGCCUGGUGCUGGCCCACUGCGUUACCUAGCGACACAACCGAACGAGUUUGUGCGCGUCGAAACAGGAGUACGCGAGGGGGACGAAGUGUCCGUACAUUACGAUCCAAUGAUCGCGAAAUUAGUUGUUUGGGGCGAGAAUCGCACGCAAGCAUUGAAUAGCUUAAUUGCACGACUGCGCGAAUAUCAUAUCACCGGUCUGGAAACCAAUAUCAAUUUUCUUAUCGAUUUGGCUGCACAUACAGAAUUUCAGAAAGGCAACGUACAUACGGGUUUCAUUGACCAACACUUCGAUACACUCUUUCCUCCCACCGAAAUCAAAGGACAACUAUGUAAAGCAGUUGUGGCUCUAGUUCUAAAUGAAAUGCAAGUUUUUGACAGUAAUGCGGACAAAAAUGAUCCCUUUAAGGCGUCAAAAAAUACGCGUUUGAAUUUUUCGCUGAUAAGGAGUUACAAUUUGAAAGCAAACGAUAAAGUUUAUAACACAAAAGUUCGUUUUGACGAAUCCGCCUUACAAAUACAAAUCGAUGAUGGACCAUGGAAAAGUGUGAAAUCAGAGCGGGUAUGGGAUGGCGAUCGGUUAAAAAUCAGGGCAAAUAUUGACAAUAGCAUUUCAACAUUCAACGCUAACAUCGAUGGCACAGAAGUUGCAAUUUUUUUGGAUAAUGGCAAAGUAAGUUUCGAAUUGGUACAGCCGAAAUUCUUGAAUGCACUCUCCGAUGAACAUGGCGGUGUUGGUGGCAAUAAAAUUGUAGCCCCAAUGCCAGGUGUCUUAGAGAAAGUGUUGGUAAAGCCUGGCGAUAAGGUGCAAAAAGGCGAUAGCUUAGCUUUGCUGAUAGCAAUGAAAAUGGAGCAUAUUCUGAAAGCACCACAGGAUGCCACUAUCAAAUCGAUUGGCGGUAAGGAAGGAGAAAAUAUUGCCAAAGGCGCAGCGGUUAUCGUAUUUGAAGAUGAGGCAGCUAAGUAAAUAUAUUUCAAACAAACCAGUGACGAUUGUACCAGAGGAUAUUGCAUUUAUAUAUAUACAUAUGUACAUAUUUUUUUUUUAUAUUGUAGAUGGUCUGAAUUUUGAAACAUGUGCAUUUAUUAGUUGUUAAAUAAAUUGAUUGGAAAAACCAAGCUUGUUUAAAUAAAAUAGCAUGCAAAAUAUAUAAUAAAAG